CCGCCUUUGGUCUUUGGGGUUGAGGGAUGCGGCGCUCCAUCGUGGUACCUUAAAUUACAUCGACGCGCCCGCGAUAAAUCUUGAUUUAAAAAUAAAAAUAAAAAAAAAAAUAAUUAAAUAAAAGUACCGCCUUGAAAAAAAGGGAACUACCUCGAGGAAUAGCGCCGCACUAUCGUGACCGUCUUUUUCUGUUUUGCCAUAUAGGAAAAAAUUGUUCACUCUUUUUAUACGGUGGUUGUUUUUUAAAUUAAUUUUUUAAAAAAAUUUUUUUCCAGAAAUUUUUCGGAGUGAAAUUGUUUUCUAUUCUUGCUUUGGGCCAAACUAGGAUUUGAUUGUGUGCGGGAGUGGAACCUCGAAAUAGAAAACAAAAAAAAAAUAAAUAAAGAGGAAGGAAAAAAGGAAAGAGUAAAAAAAAGGAAGAAAAAAACGAGAUAGAAAAAGCAACACCGAGUGAGAGUGAGCGAAACGGGGAUUGGAGAGGGUCAGCGAGGUGGGUCGUAUUGAUUUUGACGGCGAAACACCGUGACUCGUGGAAGUGCUAUAUCCGAAAACCUCGUUUAUAUAUGUAUAUAUAUAUAUAUAUAUAAAUGUGUGUAAUAUGACUUGAAAAAGUGACAAUAAGGAGCGAAAAAAAAAGAAAUUGAAAGAGAAACAAAUUUUGGGUGUGGAGAAGCUGAUUUGCAGAAUGAAGGUGAUGGUUGUUGAAAAAUGGACGAGCAGGGACCGAUCGGCCCAUCAAAUAAGAGAUGAUUUUUAGAAGGAAGAGGGCAUGACGCACCGAACUCAUGCAGUGGCGAAAACACGUGCGCAUCAAGUACGGUGGUCGAGUCGGUGUCGGUCAAGGGCAGCGGGAUCGGGAGCAAGUGCAGCUGCAGGUGCGCGUGUUGCAGCUGCAGCGGGACAGGGGCGCGCGACUCAGCUACGUCUGUCAUCAGCCUCAACUCUCAUCAACGGCACGCCGCAGCAGCAGCGUUUCAGCCAUGCUCUGCUGCGGCCGCAGAAAAGAGGGGCGUGGGGAAGUGACAGACAUAAGUGCAAGUCCUGGGAGGCAGGCAUCUGCCAACCAGUUGCGCCCCAAGGAACCACCUCCUAUGGUCAUCCAAGGGGAUUUCAGAAAGGUGAGUGGGAUCAGUACAGAGAUAUUCAAGCAAAUUCAAACGGUGGAAAAUGACCAUGAUGCUUCGACUGCUGCUGCUUUUGAAGCUGUUGAAAGACGAGGUCAAAUGGUUGUACGUACCAUUGAACCACGUCAAAUGGGAAGACAGGCACAAGAAGCUGCAAAGAAAUUCAUCUCAGUGCAGGAUCCAAAAUAUCCCAUCCAUUUCGUCGAGAUAAUCAAGAGUCCGGGACAGACGUUGGGACUUUAUAUAAGAGAAGGAAAUGGAGUAGACAGAAACGAUGGCGUUUUUAUAUCUAGGAUAGCACUGGAAUCGGCCGUCUAUAACAGUGGUUGUCUCAAGGUGGGAGAUGAAAUUUUGGCAGUGAAUCUUGUUGACGUGACGCAUAUGAGUUUAGAUGAUGUUGUAAUUGUGAUGUCAAUUCCUACGAGACUCAUUUUAGCCACGAGGCGUGGUCCUCAUCAGCUUAUUCCACACAAUCUUCACAGCGAACACAAAACAACACCUGUCGUUGUCAUUAAACGUGAUAUUAAUGAAGAUGAAAAUGAUCAUUCAAGUAGUAAUCAUAUACGUGACAGUAGUCGAAGAAGAGGAGACGGACGUGAAAUGUUACCAUCAAGAUCAAGAUUAGGUCUCACUGGACUUGGAUCGACACAAGAUUUAGGAUCAAGCAAUGGCGAUCUCUAUUAUAAUUCACGACCCGAAGGUCAUUGGUCCUAUCAACCGCCACCAGCGCCUGUUAUCACACAUCAACCAAAACCAUCAGCAACACAACAUUUUCAACCCUACGAACGUGGUUAUCCAAAAACAUUGGAGAGUCUCGCUGAAAAAGUUCAUUCGUUUUAUGCGAAUCCUGUGAUGUCAUCGAAUGGACCACGUCGUAUGUCAACUGGGACUGGAAUGCAGUCAGCUGGAGGUAGAAUUUCAGGCCAAACUCAAGCCUCACAUUAUGGAUACUCUCAACAUACUGGGGGCAGUAGAAUUAUGCCAAGAAGUGGUUCUGACCAACAUUUACCCCGAGUUGAUUAUACCAGCAUUACCACACCAGCACGCCAUACGCUCUUGCGGUCUAGUCUCAAGACAGGAUCGUCGGCGAUGCGCUAUAAUACAAGAUAUGGACAAAAUGAUACAACAUCAUCGACACGAGGUCAAGGUCAAUUUGGUACUUUGACGAGAAGACAUCGACCAUCGUUGGAUUAUGCAUCUGACACUGAAGCCACAUGUUCGAGUUCACCAAGAUCGGCUUACUAUUACUAUAGGCAUAAUCUAAAUAAUCCAUCACAGAGUAGUGCUGUUUCACAUUUGGCAACAUUAUCGAGAUCACAAAUUGGUCAGGGUUCAACGGGUUUAAGAACAAACUCAUUGCCUCGUAGCGGCAGAACGUUGCCGCAGCAACCAGGCCUUAGAACUGGUCUUAGCACUGUUACGUCAGGUCUUAUUGACCAGGAAGAUAGUGAUGGGGCAUUGUCCGCUCCCGAGUUUCCAUCAAUUAGACGCGAUAGAGGAAGGAUACCAUCGUCGCCAAGUGUUUUCACGUCAGAUGAAUAUCGAGCAUGGUUGAGUCGAACACCAAGUACCAGCGCAUUGUAUGAACAAAUUCGAGCAACAACAAACAGGCCUCCACGUUACACUUAUAGUGCUGAAAAUAUUCACGCGGCAGCAAAUCAGGCUGAAUAUGGAGGAUAUGGCAGCUAUAGACCGAUGUCAAGUACUUUAGAUAGAUUAUCAACGAGGUCAGCGUCAGCGCAACAAGUGAAUCUCGCAAAUUUAAGGGCUUCAACUGCUAUCAGUUCCACUUCUCAUCGAACUGCGGCAGGCAAUCCAAGGCCAUCUUCUGUUGCUUCCAAUGUACGAUCAUCAUUAAGUCAAAAACCAUCAUUGAGCAGUACUGUCAGUCAACGUGCAACAUCGGUAAGAAGGAUCAGAAAUCUUUUGGAUCUCGAGUCAACAAGAAGUAUACCGACUCCCACACCAGCAAGAACACAGGAUCAAAGACUGUUAGACAUUAAUCCUGCAGAGUUCCUCAAGUAUAAAAUAGAGAAGCCACCGACGGUGGGUACUCCAAGUUCAACGAGCUCUCUAUUGAGUUCUCUUGGCGGUGACACGGGUGGUGAUCUUUCCAGUGGAGUGAAUGGGUUGCUCUGGGUCCACCUGCUGGCAGGUCGUGGUCUUCGAUCGACAACUUCAUCUUCUGCAGCGACAACACCUUCUACUCCAUCAGGUCAGCCAAGCUUAGGCGCUUGUGCACUUAGGGAUUUGUAUUGUGUUCUUGAAUGCGAUAGAGUUCACAAAGCAAGAACAGUUGUUCGUACUGGUGAUUUAAUGUUCGAUUGGGAUGAAACUUUUGAAUUGGACUUGGUUGGAAAUCGACAAUUGGAUUUACUUGUCUAUUCAUGGGAUCCACAGCACAGGCACAAACUUUGUUACAAAGGAUCUGUACAUUUAAUUAGCCUAUUAAAGGAAUCACCAUUGCAUCAAUUGGCAUUGAAAGUUGAACCACGUGGAACGAUUUAUCUUAGAUUAAGGUAUACUGAUGCGCAUCAAACAUUUAGACGACGUGGAUUGCCCGUUAUAUCAUUAGCUACUAGAGUUGCGCCACUAUUUGGAGUUGAUCUCGACACUGUCGUUACACGAGAGUGCAAGACUGGAGGUGUACCGGGAGGAGUGUCAACUGCUUUGGCAAUGAGCUCAUCUCCUAAUAUUCCUAUAAUUGUUUGGCGCUGUGUCGAGGAAGUUGAACGAAGAGGACUUGAUAUUAUCGGCUUGUAUAGACUGUGUGGAUCGGCAUCGAAAAAAAGAAUACUUAGAGAAGCAUUUGAGCGAAAUGCUAGAUCGGUCGAUUUAUCGCCUGAUAAUGUUCCUGAUAUUAAUGUCAUCACAGGUGUUCUCAAGGAUUAUUUAAGAGAAUUACCGGAGCCCCUCUUCACGAAGUGCCUCUACCAAAUGAUGGUGGACGCGCUCGCAGUCUGCCUGCCCGAUGAUCCACAGGGUAAUGCCAAACUUAUGUUCAGCAUCCUUGACUGUCUCCCAAAAGUGAAUAGGUGUACAUUAAUUUAUUUAUUGGAUCACUUGGCCCUGGUAUUAUCGCAAUGCAAUAAAAUGUCGCCAGCAAGUUUAGCAGUUUGUUUUGGUCCAGUUUUAAUGUUGCACGCGGAAGAAACUGGACCGCCAUUAGACUUCCAACAGCCAAUUGCGGUGCUUAAAUAUCUUCUUGAAAUUUGGCCUGUCAAGUCAGUUCGGAAGAUUUCUUCAGUCGCUUCAACACUUCCACGAGUUACGCAAGCAGUCGAGCACAACAACACCAGCAAUCCGUCAAUGCCAUCGCAGUUGCACUCGCAGGUUCCAAUUCACUUGCAACAUCAUCCGGUACAGGGAACAUUGGGACGAACAGGGCAGCCUUGGCAGCAGCCACCCUCACUUCAUCAACAGCCCCCCAUUACAACCCACGUAGCCCCCGCGGCCUCCAUUCGUCCUCCACCGCCGGUCAAACCACGACAGGUGAUAGUCUCGUCUCCCGGUUCCCCUAGCAGUGAGGAUUCAACCUUCCAGGAAUCAAGUAAAAUUAAUCACAACAAUGGCCAUAAAAAUGGUCACACAAACAGUAUCAAUAGUCACAAUAAUGGACACAAUAUUAACAAUAACAGUAGCAACAAUAACAACAAGGAUCGUGGAAAUUUAGGUUUUGCGAGGAAUGAAAAUCCAGAACAAAUAACACCAACAAGCAGUGUUGACACAGAAGAAGGAAAUCCAACUCAUCCGGAAGAGGGAGAACGUGGCGUUGAAGGUGAUGCUGAGGCAAGUGAUGAGGAUCAUCUCUCCAAAAUUCAUUGAAUAAUGAAAUUUGAUGAUUUAUUAUUUUUCCUUUUCUUUUUCUUUUUUUGGUACCCAAUGGGACCAGGACUAUAAUUAUUAUAGGAUUUCAAAAACUCGGUGGAACCGAGAAAAAUAGUCGAUGAUAAUGGAUGAUGAGGCCUAGUUAGAACGAAAAUUUGAAAAGGAAUUUGGAAUUCAUGAUUGAAGGAAACAAAUUUAGGACAAAGUAAUCUCCUGGUAUGCAAUAAUUUUUUUUCUACUCUUUUUUUUUAAUACAUACAAAUAUAUUUUAAAUCUCUCUUUCUUCAUAUAUGAAAAAGUUCAGCUGUUUAUAUAUAUAUAUAAAAAAAACAGUGCUUUAUACUAAAUUUUUCUAAACUUGGGAGAUAAAAUUACUCUGCAAUAAUUGCUAUACGUAACUAUGAAGAAAAAAACCUUCCAUUGUACAAUUUUUCACUUAUAUAAAUCUCAAUUUUUUUUAUAUUAUUUUUACAAUUUCAAUUAACGAUUCAAGAAAGAGAUUUCAUAGGGAAUAAAAGUAUCUCUUUCUAUUGAAUUAGAACUGAUGAAAUUAAAAACGAUUUUGACAUAAAUAAUUUCUAUUAGCAAGAAACAGGAAUAAAAAAAAACAAUACCCACAAAGACUAAAUUGAAAAGAGAGGAACACAAACUAAUAAGCUCGGUUUAUAUGCUAUAUAUUAUAUAUUAUUCUACACAUAUUCUGUAUACAUACAUAUUUAUAUGUUCAUGUAUAUAGAAUAGUUUACGAUAUACAUGUGCUUUUGAUAAAGACUAUUGUAGCUUUAGCCAACACGUACAUUAAAAAAAAAAAAACAUCAACAAAAAAAAAAAAGAAUCGAGAUGAUACUGACGAUAAUGAAUAGCUAUAUUAUACAAAAACUAUAAUUAUAAAAAACUAAUUAUAUAUAUAAAAAUUAAUUAUAUAUAUAAAAAAACUAUAUAUAUAAA